AUGCGGUUGACCAUCUAUUUACAGUCACUUCUGCCGGCGGCGGUCAUUGCCGCCGACCUCUCGCAAUAUGCGUUGACUGAUACUGGAUCAACAAAUGGAGGAAACACUUUUCCCGGUGUCUCUCGCCCGUUGGGAAUGGUCAAGCUUGGCCCCGACCUCCUCACGGGCAGCGACUCGUAUUCCGGCUAUCAACCCACCGGCAGCUUCAUUGGCUUCAGCAUGCUGCACGAGAGUGGCACUGGAGGCGCGCCCAAGUACGGCGUCGUAUCGCAGAUGCCGAUCGUGGGACACAUCGGAAACCCCCUGAGCGACGCCAUCAAGGAUACGCGGGCCGCACCCGACUUCACAGAGGUCGGGUACUACAAGUCAAGCCUCAGAUCCGGUACGGUGCUGGAGUUGGCAGCGUCGGAGAAAGCCGGCAUGUACAAGUACACUUUCCCGAAGGACAACAAAGACCACAAUGUGGUUGUCGACGUGUCCCACGUGCUGCCGUCGUACCGUGGCAUGGGACUGGAACAGCAUUACCUCGGCGGCAACAUCACGGUUCACGAGGAAUCAUCAGGGCAGUACUACUACACAGGUUACGGUACCUACGAUAAUGGAUGGAACCGAGCCGCACCAUGGACAGUGUAUUUCUGUGGCAAGUUUGACGCGCCCGCGACUUACAAGACUUUCUUGGGCGCAGACAAGAAGUCGAGCAAACUCGUUGCAUUUUCGGAAGAGCCAAGCUACCAGUCCAACAAUGCAAGGCUCGGGGCAGUUUUCACGUUCAAGCAGACGUCGGUCGUCUCCCGCGUCGGCGUCUCCUUCAUCUCCGCCAGCCAGGCCUGCUCCAACAUCAACCGGGAGAUCCCCGCCGACAUGACGCUAAGCAAGCUCCGGCAAGACACCCGCGAUGCCUGGAACUCGCAGGUGUUUAGCAAGGUGACCACGACAGAUACGAACAAGACCCGGCUAAACCAGCUGUACUCGGCACUCUACUUUAUGCACCUGCUGCCCACCAACAAGACUGGCGAGAACCCUAUGUGGAAGUCUCAGGAGCCGUAUUACGAUGACAUAUUCACUUUCUGGGACCUGUACCGCUGCACCACGCCUCUGCUUCAGAUCCUGCAGCCGACGUACUACGAGGAGCUACUGAGGUCCAUGAUUGAUAUUUGGCGGCACGACGGUUGGGUGUCCGACGCCCGAUCGUCCUUCGCGAAUGGGGCGGUUCAGGGAGGCAGCAACAGCGACAACGUCUUUGCCGACGCAUACAUUAAGGGUGUCCGUGGCAAGGUCAAUUGGGACGAUGCCUUCGCCUCCAUGGUGAAGAAUGCAGAGGUUGUCCCUCCAAACAACCACGACCCCCGUGACACCACAGGGUCUACCAAGGAAGGCCGUGGUGCGUUGCCAGACUGGCUCGAACACGGCUACAUCACCACAAAGUUCUCCCGGUCCGUCAGCAGGGCGGUCGAGUACUCCGUUAACGACUUCUCCCUCGCCGUCGUCGCCGCCGGGCUCGGCCGUUCAGACCAGUUCAAAAGGUACUUCAACAGGUCACAGAACUGGCGAAACCAUUGGAACCCCAAGAUGAGAGACCUGGGGUUCUCCGGCUUCCUCGGGCCGAGGAACUCCAAAGGGUUCAUCUCGCAAAGCGCUCUGUCGUGUGGCGGGUGCUACUGGCGCGACAAGUACUACCAGGCCCUUCCGUGGGAGUACUCCUUCAACGCUCACCAUGACAUGGCGCAUCUCAUUGAGCUCAUGGGUGGAGCCAAACGCUUUGUCGCGCGUCUUGAGAAGUCCUUCCAGCCCAAUAUCGCCAGGGGAAAUGCUCGGUUUGGUUACACGCUCUUCAACCCAGGUAACGAACCCAGUUUUACAACUCCAUAUCUCUACAACUACGUCAACCGACAGGACCUGGCUGUCAAACGCAGCCGCUUCGUCGCCAAGUCGUACUACGCGCCGAAGCCCAGUGGUCUGCCCGGCAACAGCGACGCCGGCGCCAUGGAGUCGUGGCUACUCUGGAACAUGGUCGGCCUGUACCCCAUGACCGGCCAGCCGUACUUCCUGAUCGGUUCACCCUGGUUCUCCGACCUGACGAUUGACCUCGGCGGGGAAAAGAAGCUCGUCGUCAAGGCGACGGGAGGCAGCGAGGAUAAGUUCUACGUGCAGUCGCUCAAGGUUAACGGCCAGCGCUGGAAGAAGAGCUGGCUGACGUGGGAUGAUAUUUUCGCCAGGGGCGGUACCCUCGAGUUUGAGCUGGGCAGCGAGCCCAAGGACUGGACGACGGGCGUGUUGCCGCCGAGCAUGGCGAGCAUGUCGCCGGACCAGGCGAGCAAGUUGGCAGGACUGUGGUCCCAGGGGAAGAGCUGA